AUGCAUGAACAGACAGUUUGUACUUUGGUUCACGAUUUGCCGGUAACACAACAAUGUCAUUUUGUGAAAAACACAGCAGAUUGCCUGGCUAAUAUGAAAUUGAUCAACUACCUGACUUGGCAUUACUGCAAAGUGGACAUCCGUAGCAGAUUCAAUGCAUUCUGGAUCGUUCUGGGAAUGCUCAUAGUUUCGAUCUACGUAUUCUGGAUGAUGCAGGUUACCAUAAACUAUUACUUCUGUCCAAUUCUAAAGGUGAUAGCCGAUUCCUUGCGGAUGAACGAGAGCACGGCUGGGGUGACAGUUAUGGCCUUGGCUAAUGGUUCUCCAGAUUUAUUCACUUCGAUGGCCUCGAGAAUGCAGAUGUCGAAAUACACAUUCCUCUCGUGCAUGUCGCAGGCCAUGUUUCUGCACAUCUUUGUCGCCGGCCUGGUGAUCCUGACCAGGCCCUUCAAUAUAGAGCCAAACUAUUACAUGCGUGACUUUGGCUUCCUAUUCCUCAAUAUUGUCUAUAUGGACUAUAUCCACAAGAAACGCAACGGAAUCAACUGGUUAAUGGCUAUACCAGGUGCCUGUAUCUUUGUGGGCUAUGUCAUUGUGGCUGUCAUUGAUCAGCAUUUGCUAAUGGCUCGCAUUCAAAAACUGGAGCGCAGAGCCCUAGAGGUUGGUGAGGUAUUGCAACUGGAGGAACUGAAGCCACAGACAAAGUUGCCGCUGAGACGUCACGAAAUAGAUCGUCAUUCCCUUCGUCAGGGCGGUCGUCAUAAGCUUAUUUUCCGUCAAUUCUGGAACACAGUCGCCGAAUUCGACUUGGAACGUUUUCGUAAGGGAACCUUAAUGGUGAAGAUAUAUCUAGUGACCAAACAGCCCAUCGAUAUGGUCUUACGAAUACUCAUCCCAGUCGUUGACAUGGAGAAACCUCUGUACGGAUGGUCCAAAUUGCUCUAUAGCCUGCAAGUUAUUAUUGUCCCCACCUACAUAGCCUACAUAAUACUUCCGGCUGAAAAAAUAGCGGGCAUUGACAUCUAUUUGUUCAUCUUAAUUUUCGUGGUGCCCCUGUCUAUCUUGAUAUUUUUCCUCACGCGCACCGACACCCCGCCCAGAUUUUUUAGGUACACAUCUCCCAUGGGUUUCCUGGCCACCGUCUUUCUGAUCUUUUGCCUGACCGCCGAGGUAAACGCCAUGUUUUUCACAUUGGGAACCAUUAUGUAUGUGAGCCAGGAGUUCUCGCUGGCAACGGCCAUUUGCUGGGCAAUUAGUAGCAAUGAUCUGGUGACCAAUCUCUCUUUGGCCUAUCAGGGAUGGCCUCGCAUGGCCCUGACGGCCACCUUCUCAGCACCUGUUUUUGGAUCCUUUGUGUUCCUGGCCCUGCCAUUGGUGGUGCAUACACUCGUAUCAGCGCCGGAUAAUGUUCACCUUUCGGAAGGUGCCUUCGGGGAGACUGUAUGCAUCUUCUUGGAGGUCGGAAUGGGCUUUAACAUGCUUUCUGCACUCACCACAAACUUCAAGCUGCGACGAGCUUGUGGUUUCCUUCUGGUUUCCUACUACGUAUUCUUCAUAAUGGUUCUUGUUCUUCUGGAGAAGGGUGUGAUCCAUGCUUAUGGAGUAUAGCAACCUACUGAAGAGAUUUGUAACCCAUCAAAUAUGCAAAUUCCGGAGAUGAUUUAUACCCCAUUAAAUGACCAAUUUCAUUCUAA